AAGUGUGUCAGUGGACUCUUACAAUGGGUCGCUUAAUAUCCGCAAUUCUUCUGUGUUGUCUUGUCGCAGAUGCUGUGUCUUUGCCCGGCUUGGGCCUUGUCCGCCCGGGUCUCAACGAAAUCGAGAUCUCCGUCCAACAGAAGCUCAAAAAAUUCUUGCCGGAUCCCGAAGCUAAAAACCGGGUCGCCAAGCAAACGCCACGGGAAAAACGAUCCACCGAUGAUGUCAUAGACAUGCACGAUGAGGUGCUCAUCGAUGAGGACGAAAGCCCGGCUGAGCGUUCGAAGCGAACGCUGGAGCUGGACCCAGCGCUGUUGGCGAAAUCGCAAGGCCCGGACGAGAUCAUCGACCCAUUCGACCUGGAGCAAUACUUGCAGGCGCAGCCGGAUCUGCACAAGGUGUUCAGCCCCUCGAACCCGGCGACGAUCACCGUGACGGAGAAGGCGGCCCCACCGUGCGGUGCCGAGCACGAGCCAAAGGUCAAGCAGCCGAUCCUGGUCAUCCCGCGCCCGGUCAUCGUCGAGCACUACGAGCAGCCCAUCCUCCUCGUCCACCGCACCCUCCCCGUCGUCAACGAUAUCUAUGAUGAGCCUACCCUCGUCGAAAAGGAAAUCCAACAGGUGGUAGUUGAGCAAGUCCCCGCAGCAGAUGCGCACCUCGUGGCCAAGAGGAGUAUUCUCUACCCCUACUCUGACGUCACAGUUCAAAGCUGUGGGUGUCCCACCUGUCGACGCAACUCAGAGCCAGCUUUCUACCCUUACGACGAACCCCUUCCGUGUGACUGUGGUUGCCCAAACUGCCAAGGUAGCAACCCUUACGAGGUGACUGACUGUGGGUGUGGUUGUCCUAAUUGCGCAGGAAAUCCGGAAACUUCUUCUCCGUGCGCCUCCCAAGUGGACUGCGGGUGUGGUUGUCCCAACUGCCAAGGUGGCAGCCCCUCGUCCUACUCACCCUACGAAAGCACAAGCGACUGCGGAUGUGGCUGCCCCAACUGCGGCGGCGACGAGUCCCUGAACCCGGUAUACUCCCAGUCCCUGAACCCGGUAUUCAGGCAGUCCCUGAACCCGGUAUUCAGCCGCUACGAGUACAGCCCCGAAGAAUACUCUCUCCCUUGGAAGCGCGACACCCCUGACGAACCGGAGUUCCUGACCGUGGUCGACCCCGCCAACUUGAACCUGGAGGUGGGGCAGCCCCCGUUGGGCCUCAACGAGGAGAUGGAUGUGUUUCGUUGUCCUCGAGACGGUGGUGCAUACUCUGGUGACAACGUUCUUCUCGGUGAUCUACACGAUUACGCAUCUUUUUACCCUGGGUUCAUGAGCACCGUCCUCCCGGCAACGACCUCCAAGUUCCAGUACUUCGAGACCGGCCGCACCACCUCCGACUUCGGGGUCCCGCUUACCACGCCCACCGUCGGCUGGUCCUCAAGUUUGAGGCCAUCGUCAUCUUGGCCAGCCCCGCCCCACGUUCCCCGCCCAUCUCCAAAAUUCGUGAAGGAAAAAAUUGAGAAGAUGCCGUUGGUCUCAGGCGAACCCUGCCUUCCCCAAGAAGACCCUUCGAUCGAAGAUCUACGGGAGUACGCAACCGAUGGCUCCGAAAUCGACGCCGAGCCUGAGAAACGGGCCCCAAAACCGAGAGGAAAAACACAAACAGCGCAGGUUGAAUCGACGAUUCCUAUUUCCUCAUCAGAACUUGCUUCCGAUGACAUGUCGAGGAGUUCAGAGGACUCGAUGGUAAGUGCAUCAGCGGAGGGAAGCGAUGAGAUUGCUCAGGAACUUGUCUGUGAAAACAGCAUACCGACCAUGAUUCCUUCAUCCCCUAUUCUACCCUCCGUCCAAUCUGCACCCCUCUUCACGCCGAGCUACCCGGGCUACUACCCGAGCAUGGACUACCCCAUCUACGAACCUGUGAGGAGCACCAGAAUCAUUUUCCAACCCUACGCCCAGAGGAUAACUCACCCGCCAGUUUACUGGGGCCAGAGGACGCAGACCACAGUACCACAGGUCAAUUUCCAAAACUCUGCCCCCUGCCACGCCGAACCUGAAGAGGAGAUAGCUUCGAGUGAGAACCCGAUAGAUUCCAUGCAACCACAAACAGAUUCUGGCACUUUUGAAGGCGCGAAAUCUUCAUUGGUCGAGGAUAUCGUCCAGGAGGUUUUAAAGCAGAGCCCGAUCGAAAGUUCCGAAUCGGUGACUCAAGCGCCUGAGGUGAAACCCGUGGAACCCAUGGAUCCUGUGAAACCCGUGGAACCCAUGGAUCCUGUGAAACCCGUGGAAGAGGUUCCUGUCCCUGUAGAGUCAACGAAGCCGAUGGACAGCAAGAAGGCGAGGAAGAAUGGGAAAGGCAGGAAAAUUGGGCAUGAUCUCUCGGGCGAAAAGAUGGAUUCGAAGGAAGCCCGUCUGCUCGAGAAUGAAAUUUUCAACUCGGAUUCCACCGUCGAGCUGAGGAGAAAACGUCAGUCUAGACCGAAACACCAGCCGAAGGUCAGCAGAAUCAGCGAGGUCUGAGUCAGCGUUCGUAAAUGAUGAGGAAACGCUCUAAGAUCAUUCCUUCAACACGUAUCUGAUCCUGACCAAUCUUUCGGAUGGAAGUUAAAUCUCUGGAGACCUGCCGGUUGUAAAUUUCCGCCUUAUUCUGAUCAAUUAGGCAACCUAGCGUAGUUGGAUCCUCGAAAAAUCUGUGCGGUUCAGACAUGCGGUUCAACUGCUCACCAAUGUUUGUUUGUAAAUAUGUAUCUACGUUAUUUAUAAAUUAUUCUCAUUUUUUACAUCAACAAUUAAAAUUUUUUUUACCGUCUUAAA